AUGAAAAGAGAUGUGGAUGAGAAGGCAAGAGAUGAAGCAUUUGCAAGAGAAAGGGAGUAUGCACACAAACAAGACAUGGACAAGAAGGAUCGAGAAACUAUGACCAUGGAUACGAGCCAUAUGUCCCUUGAAACGAAGUUAUUUUGGAAGCUAGAACGAAGGGAUGUUAUGAGAAGACGAUUUUUCCAUGACUACGAACCAAGCAACACUGAUGGGUUAAAUGAUAAAAACCCUUAG